AGGAGGCAGAGCGCGGCGCUCGCCAGCAUCCCCAUCGCUUCGGAGCGACUCCGGCGUGUCCCGGCCCCGCCCGGCCGCCCCCUCCGCCGGCCAGCGAGCCCAGGGAAGGCAAGGAGCCUCCUCCCGCCCAGGGAUCCCUCCUGCCCCACACCCGGCACCAUGUCUGCGGGAGGAGACUUCGGGAACCCCCUGCGGAAAUUCAAGCUGGUUUUUCUGGGGGAGCAGAGCGUUGGGAAGACGUCCCUUAUCACAAGGUUCAUGUAUGACAGUUUUGACAACACGUAUCAGGCUACAAUCGGAAUCGACUUCUUAUCAAAAACCAUGUACUUGGAAGAUCGGACAGUCCGAUUGCAGCUCUGGGACACGGCGGGCCAGGAGAGGUUCCGAAGCCUGAUCCCCAGCUACAUUCGUGACUCCACAGUGGCCGUGGUUGUCUAUGACAUCACAAAUCUCAACUCCUUCCAGCAGACAUCCAAAUGGAUUGAUGACGUCAGGACAGAAAGGGGAAGUGAUGUCAUCAUUAUGCUAGUGGGCAACAAGACAGACCUCGCAGACAAGAGGCAGAUAACAAUUGAAGAAGGGGAACAGAGAGCCAAAGAACUGAGUGUCAUGUUUAUCGAGACCAGUGCAAAGACAGGCUACAAUGUAAAACAGCUGUUCCGCCGUGUCGCAUCCGCACUGCCCGGCAUGGAGAGCGUUCAAGAGAAGAGCAAAGAAGGAAUGAUUGACAUCAAGUUGGACAAACCACAGGAUCCUCCAGCCAGUGAAGGCGGGUGUUCUUGCUAAUACAGAGCACAGGAUUGGUCAGCUUCAUUUGAUACCACACGCUUGUUGUGUUGCUUCCUAUUGGUUAGCUUCCUAAAGAAACAAAUUGAGUUAUCAGAUGGGGGAGGAUUUUUUUUCUCUCUGUCUCUGGGGACGGGUGGGUGGGAAUGUUCAGAUCACAUCACUCUUAACAGCUGUUACUGAAACUUACUAUUUUUUUGGUUUGGUUGUAAUAUAUUGUACUUUAUUAAAAUUGCCAAAAACAGUUCAACAUUUAAAAAGGAAAGUUUAAAUCAUGUGUAUACAACUUUUUGCCAGAAGAAAAGUAGUGACUUUGGGUUUUUUGGAAGGAGGUUGGUCUUUUGUUUUUGUAUAUUUGUAAACUGACAGAAAAACUCUCCAGAAUACUACAGUCUGGUUAGUUUCAGCAUCUGACAUAGGACAUCGCUAGUAGAAAACUAGUCCCUGAUUGGUUAAACAAAAUGUUAACUGUACAGUAAAAGAUUUGACGGUAGAACAAAUCAUACUGCAAAUACACAAAAUAAGUGUGUGAUGUGAUAGCUCUAACUAUAUCUCUAUAUCUUCAUAUACAGAUUUAGAGUGGGGUGGGCAAACUAUGGCCCAUGAGCCGGAUCUGGCCCAUGAGCCAUUUUAAGCCGGUCCGCAAGCUGUACCAUGCAGCUUGGCCCUGCUCCGGCCAGGGUGCUGGGUCGGGGGCCGUACCACACAGCCUUAUCCCUGCUCCGGCCAGGGUGCUGGGUUGGACCACAUGGCUCUGCCCCACUCCGGCAAUGGGUCAGGGACAACACCACAUGGCUCAGCCCUGCUCCAGUACUCCAGCCGGGGCACAGGGUCGGGGCUGCACCACGUGGCUUGGCCCUGCUCUGGUCAGGGCCUGCACCACGCAGCUACAGGAAGCCAUGGCAUGGCCCCGCUCCAGCUCCUACAUGCUCCAGUGGCCCCCUACAGCGCUCCAAUUGGAACUGCAGGGGCGGUGCCUGUGGAUGGGGCAGCCUUCAGAGCCACCUGGCAGCACCUCCACGUAGGAGCCGGAGAAGGGACAUGCUGCUGCUUCCGGGAGCCGCUUGAGAUAAGCGCAGCUCG